UCCAACUUUGAUUUCUCAGCCUUGGAUCAUUUGUGGAUAAUAAACGCAGAGGAGAAAGAAGAGAAAGCCCAAUAUGUCCCUGAUUCAACACUGGAUCUCAACGGAAUGCCUGCAUGGCUGAGCGAAACGUGCCAACCGCGGGACGAUCAGAACAUUCUAAACACUAUGGCGGUAGUUGCUUCGGAGGAAUUCAGUCCGGCACCUUCUGAAUGCAGCUCCACAAGCAACAGCCACUUUUUCAGCGAAGACGAACCGCUCAGCCCGAAUGAAAUGAAAUUUACAGAGAAAGAGCUGCGAGAGCUCUCUGUGAAAGAUAUAAAUAGACUUCUCAAAGAACGAGGGCUGUCAAAAGAUGAAAUUGCGAGAGUGAAACACAGGCGACGAACUUUAAAGAAUAGAAGAUAUGCUCAGCAUUCAAGGCUGCGAAGGAUAGAAACUAAAAACAAUCUGGAAGUGGAAAAGAAGAGCCUGUCGCAAGAGCUGGAAAAGCUUCGAAAACAGGUGACUGCUGUGGAACGAGAGCGCGAUAUGUACAAGGACAAGUACGUCAAAUUGCUGACUCAAGUUUCCAAAAUGCCAGGAAAGCUGAUCAAGAUUAGCCCUCUACCAAACUGAAGGAGACUUUUCUCCGUACAAACACUGAGGUUAUGCUAUAAAACACUGAAUUUUAUAGUUCCUUUGUACAUGUACAACUAAGUUAAGUGAAUCAACUGCUUAUCAGUACGAGGGCAGUUGGGCAACAUUGGGCAAGUUGUAACUUCGCUAUAAGUGAAAAAGUUAACGUUGGACAUUCCCAUAGCUUUCGAACAUAUCAUCUCUCAAGCUUGUUGUUCUUAUUUAAAAUGCUCAUAGUUGUUUUAGAAUUUUUAGCUCGUUGUUAGCUCGGUAUUUCAGACGGCUAGUUAGCUAAAACGUUCCAGAACGUCGCGAAACGUUGCGUGACGUAAUGAUGUAUUUUUGUUAUUAAGUAGCGGUUGACCGCUGACACGUGAACGCGAGUUCAGUAGUUAGUGAGACGGAUUAUAUAUUCUCUUUUUUUCAUGUAUUUAUUGAGCGAUCUCAACCCGUCUAAAGAAAAGCAAAAACAAAACAAAACAAAUUAAAUUUUUCAAAAAGAAGAAAAAAUACAAUUUAAUUGAGAACAAGAAACUAUGGAAAAAAAAUUUAAACAGUUGAAUGAAAAAAACAAAAAUAUAUUUCUAGGGAGUUAUUAACUUUAGGAAUUCUUGAACUUUCUGGGCUGAUACCAGGGGGAAGUUUCUUAUAGUACCCUUGCCCCACAGAUAGUUUUCUGAACAACUUAUCAAUAUUAUGUAUAUUAAAAUCAUGUACUCACAUGUUGACACGUUGUUAUCCAAAGAAAAAUGUCCCAAAUAAAUCAAGCAACUGCAUGUCAGUUGGAUUUUGUUUCCUCAUUACCUAGUAGUGUGGAUAAAAAAAAGACAUUUAGUGGUAUUUGUACUGAUGUUGUAUAUAGUGUGUGUUAGUUGAAAUUAAAACACUUUACGUUGUCAAUAUUGUGUGGCUUAUUGCGAUCAUCUCAGAGUUUUCUCCUCGCAGUCAUCUCAUCCCAAAGCAUGAGUAGCAGGUAAUCAAGCCUAGUCAUCAUAUGGAUGUUGCAACAUACACAGUUUUAUUGUUUAACCCUUUAAGUCCCAAUAUCCACAUACAAAUUCUCCAAACUGAUCUCCAUACAUUUUCUUGAAGAAUUAGUUGAGAGAAUUUGGUAAAAGAUCUAAUUUUUUCUCUUUGUGAUCAUUUUGUUAAUUCUCAUAGACUUUGCUCAUGAUAGUCUAUGGAUACCGUUAGGAGAAAAUUGAUUUUGAGCACUAUUGGGGACUUAAAGGGUUAACCCUUUUUUCAACCCCAUAAGUGGUCAAAGACAAAUUGUACAAAUGUUCUGAAUUUCAAUCUGUAAAAUGCUAAGAACAAAAAGUAUCAUGUGAAAGUACUGCCAAAGGAUGGUAACACCAAAGGCUUUUGUCCACAGACUAAAAAGUUAGAACCAUCUUACAAGACUCCAUGUAAUCAGUCAGACCUAAGGGAUUCUAUCUUGAACUGGCACUGCAUAAGUUACUAUAAAAAUUUCUUCAGCAUACCCAUAUUAUUUGCACAAAACUGUCUCCCCUGCCCUAGUCAAAUUCUAUCAAUAUACCCUCAAUUUGUCAAACCUUCCAAUAAUUCAAACCAAUUUCAUUUUCAUUGAGUAAGUUAAACAAAAAUCAAGAUUCUGCUGUAGCGAUUUAAAUCCCACUCAAAUAAUUUCAAGUCGACAUCGAAAACAAAAAAAUAAAUGUUAAAUCUGAUGAUUCCAGUCUUAGUACCACCCAUGUUGCAUUGUCUCCUGGUGGCAGAGGAUUUACUCAAGCUUGAGUGUUCAACAAGCUAUGAUUGUAAACAAAUUUCUUUGAUCAUUAUUUUACAACACUAAUCUCUGUUGUUACUCCUUUGGAAACGCAAAUGUGUCAUUGAGAGACACUGCACAGACAUUAAGGGUUUCUAGUCACACCUGCAAUCUUCUACCUUAUGCAGUCAAAUUGCCCCUGGCCCUUAUGAGCUGCCACCUUGCAUUUAGGUAAAACAACAAAAUGUUCCCAGUCAAAGCAUCAUUAGUUUGGUUCCUCUUCCAGAAGCACACUGUUCAAAUAACCGAUAUACCACCUCAUUCUAAAAAAAUUAGACUGUAGUUCAACGUUCCAAGCCACUGAGAUCACAGUGGCAGCAAAAAGACAAUAUCCGAGGACAAUAAUAUUGUUACUAAAUUUGACUGUUGAGAGAAUCAAGGAUGUUGCCAUUUUAAACCAGUUCAAUUACUCCUUGUUGACACUGAUUGCAAAGCUUUCAGAAAGUUGUCAUUCUCCAUCAAAAUCAUUCUAUCUUUUUGAAAAGAUAUCCAUAUUUGAGCAACCUGACCUUCAAUAUGCAAAAUGCUAAAACUAGUAAUUUGGGGACUUUUGCAUAAAUUUUGAUUUCUUAACAAGUUUCCAUGCUGCUGUUCACAGUUCCAUUACUUAUGGCUGCGCAUGGUCGAUAUGAAUUGUUUUGUGUUUUGAGUGCUGUGAAGGCGCUUGACGAUAAAGUGUCCAGAAUAAAUGUACAGGGUUGUUCAACUUUUCAAGUUUGAAACGAGGUGUUGACAGGCUAAACACAACUCAUAGUGUGAAAUGUGACCUUGGCCUUGGAGUUAGCUUGAACUAGUCUAGGUUAUGGAUAACAUGGAGUAUUUUAAACUCUGACAGAGCAAAUCUUACUUUUGCCACUCUGAGUCUUGUAUUUAGAGGUCAUGAAGCUGGUCUGAAACAUGCAUACUGAGCAAUUAUUUCCUGUGGUCUGGAGCACUAUGUCCCACAGUUCCUCCAUUGGCAAUUACUUUUGUUUUAGCUAGAUAGUCUAUGUGACUGUACGGGUAGUGCAUUUUUUGUUACAAGUGCCUAAAGCAAGACUGCUGUUACAGAAUUAAAAGGUUCCUUGUUAGUUGCUACCAUGGUAAUAAGUCUUUACUUUGUGUGAGAGACUGACUCUAAGGUCACAUUUAUUCUUGUUUAGCAUGUCAACACUAUUUUCAAACCGGAUGUUUUCGUUGGCAUGUUCCGCCAAUAAUAAAAGGUUUUCUGUUUUGGAAAGGUAAUAGCCAAUCAGAAAAUACCUACCAUAAUUUGCAAAAGUAGGUGAGUUCACCAGACAACAUUAUAACACUCGGAAUUCAGACGUCUCUCCCACCUACCGCCCCCCCAUGUGGCAAUUAGACUAAUUACCAUUCACAGAAAUAGCAGAAUAAAAGGCAGCAUUUAUAUAAUGUGCAAACUUUGUGCCAUGCAGCUACACCUCAGGAAUCACACUCAUGCACUCACGUGCAAAUUCAAUCAAAAGAAUACUAAUGCUAAAACUAGUAACGCUCAAUCUCUCUCAAUGACAUUAAAAGGGUUCUACUUCAAUUUACCCCAGUUUCUAGCAUGAAUUGCAGCCGGACCUGUCACUUAAGACCUACAUAGAGAGCUUGAUAUAUUGGUAGGCUAUGAGGGGGAUUUAGCCUGCCUACAGCACAAACUAACUGUAUUCUAAACUGCAAAAGAAUGUAAACAAAUAGCAUAGUCGAUAAAGAAAGAGCAAAUGCAGAAAUAAUCCAAAGCAUUGAAUGUGAUUCUACAGAACUAGAUAGAUGCUGUUUUUGUAGUGUCUAGUGGUAGCAGAUCAGAUGUUUGAUGAGCAAGCCCUACUUAAUGUUCCAUAACAACUACAUUAUUCCCUAGUCUCACUUCUCAGGCUCAUACUCAGUGAGUUGAUGGAUUUUCCCAAACUUUUCCAUGUCAAAAGUUGAAAAACCAUGGAAAUGUCUUUGCUAAGGGCAACUAAUCUUUGUUUAAGGUUUGAUGAAUGCUACAUGAAGAUGCAUCGAUAUUUCAUUCACUUUACUCACUUCAUUCACCAACUUAAUUCAGUUUUUAAUUUUUAUUUUCAUGAAUGUAAAAUAUUUCUUUCUUUCUGAUUGGCUUAAAUCCCCUGGGAAAAGCUAAACAGGAUUUAUUGAUUAAUGUCAUUAAUAAUUAAUCAACUUCCCAUUAACUUUAUGAAUGGCAUGGACCCUAACACAAGCUAAAAUUAUCUCCAAAAAUUAAGUGCCGCUUAACAAUCAAAUAUCAGACUUACGAUCAGUUAAUGCCAUGCAGCUUUCCAAUAACUUUUUUCACAAAUAACAACUUGAACACGACGUAACUAACGUAACAAAUAAAUAUUGGACCAGCAGCGGUGCAUCUUCAAUGUCACUUGUGACGCGGUCAUCAAAAUUCUUGAACGAAGAAAAACUUUCCUGCUCGCAAAUCUCUCCUAGUUUUCUUUUUUCAGCAUCUCGUGAAUAUGAACAGAAAUUAAACAGUUAAAUAUUGAGCCCGGUGAAACACGUACCCUAAAGUGCAGCUAGCGCUUGCAAACUGCUGCACUCAGCCAAACGAUCACAAGUUUUGCAUUUGAGCGGAAACGAUGCUUUCACGUGACAAAGUUGGUUUGUCACUUCACCGGUUCACCCCUCCCCAUUUAGAACUGAAACAAAGGGCCAGUUGGAGGGUCUCAAUGGGGUUAACCGAUAGGCGUAAAACGGCCAAAAAUUUAGCCGAUAGCCGUAAAAAUUAAAAAAAUUGAACCGUUAGCCGUAAAUAGCGUAAAAAAGAGUUCACCGUAAAAGAAAGUGUUCCCUAGAUUUGCUACUUUUAAGGAAGGUACUAAUCUCACUUAUGGUUGCGUUUUUUAUUUCCCGGCUAGUGUGACUCCUUACGCACGUUAGGCGAAGCACCUUUUAGGUGUUAACCAAGACCUAGGCUCCAUUUCCGGCGCUUUCUUGGGGAACUAAUUUUUUCCAUAGCGAAAGUGUGGCUUCUUGCUAGGGAUUAAUAUUUGCAAUUUUCAGGAGGUGGUGACCUGAAAACAGUAGUGAAACGACACUCAGAGAUGUCACUGUUUGUAAAACACGUUGCCGAUAAACAAAUUUCCCUGUUUUUCUCGGACGCUACGGUAGACAUCGCCAUGCCUAGUCCCUGUUCGGCGUCUUCCCACGCAAUCUCGGUCAAGGCAUUUCAGUGGCGAACUCGCUCGGACCACAUGACCCGAAAGGCAUCAGCCGCGCGGAAUAAUGCGGCCUACGUACAGUCCUUCGCUAUCAUUAGAAACACUGGACACGGGAAUUUUGUUAUUGCCGUUUUCACACUAGACCUGGAAAUGGAUCAUCCGUCUGAGACUAGCCUCUGUACAGUCGCGCCCUCCCCACAGACACCCCUUCUCCGAUUUUUUUUUCUGAGGGGAGGGGGCGGCUGUACACAGGCUAACUGGAACGGAUAAUCCUGUCUUCAAAAGUCAGGCGGAUUGUUUAUUCAAAAUUAAAACUAUUCCAUUGCCAAAUUAAGACGUAUCACCUAUCUGACGAGAAUCAUCAAACGGAUAACCCGUCUCACACGAAUAAUCCUUCUCUAGUGUGAAAACGGCCAUUUCUGUUAUAAUGAAUGUCGCGCCCCGGCCUUGAGUUGGGUGUUCGCGUGUCUGCUUUUGCUUUUUCACAAAGAUUAUUUUUAAAUUGACUAUUGACAUUUCUGUGUGUAAAAUAAUAUCAGAAGUGCAAUACUUUAUAAAAAGUUUUGUCUAUCAAAUGUUAAAAUUUUUCAAAAGAAUAGCUUAUUUCAUCCCGAGAUGAUCCGAAGACCUUUCUUUUGAUUUAAAGAUACAAAAAAAUACAGGUUAAUUAAUAUUUAACUUUUUGAAACAAAAGAAGUUAAUUUUUAACUUUUUCGUUAACCGUAACUGAAAAAAAUUAACCGAUAGCCGUAGAAGAGCCAAAAUUUUAGCCGAUAACCGUAAAAGCCACCACCCCAUUGAGACCCUCCAGUUGGACUCCAGUUGGACGACCCGUCUUGGACGCAUUUAGAGUCCUUCCGGUUUGUACCGCUGUUUGUAGUCCAAACAGGCACCAAAGCUUCAGCAAACUUUGGAAAAGUUUCGCAAUAAAAAUUUAGCGUUGGACUAAUUACAAACUUGGGGGGGAUCCGGCAAAGUUUAGACGGAUUCUGUCGAUAUCUUACAUGGGAGAGGGUAGGGUAGUUUGGUAAUUUCCUUUCCUAAAAGGUUUUCAAAAAAAUAGGAUUUCACUAGCUUAACCAUGAAAGACUGGGCUUUCUUUUAUCCAUGGCUUAACACUGAGUAGGUCUCUCGGACAUCGUUCUUUCAGAAUAUCCUGACAAAUCCCAUAAUUUCAGAAACUUAAUUUUUAUGACGUCAUCGCCUACUAAAUUACAGCUUCACUACUAUCUUUGAAUAUAGAGCGGUUUUCACUUGACUGUCGAAAGUAAUUGAGGAAUUGGCUUGGUUUUGGUUUUACUACGCCCUUUGGUUGGCUAGUGUAUUUACUUUGGUUUUGGUUUUACGACAGUCAAGUGAAAACCGCUCUAUUUACUUAAUAUACCUUGCCUUAAUCUCCGGGCGUGUAGCCGCCAGUAAUCCGUAGAGAUCAUCUAAGGUCUCAAAGAGCUGAGAGCUAGCGCCAGACGAGUCGGUUUACUGGCGAGGGAAGAAGAAGCCAGUACACCAGGGCGCUUUUUUUAGAAUGGCGAUAACCAAUCAAAGCAGCUCGACUAGGCAAAAUUUAUGAUUUUACAUUUAAAUAAAAAAAGGUCAACUUGACUCCGCGAUAUAGUUUUCAGUAGGUACCAAAGAGCCAGAUUUAAUAAAUAAAACUGUAUUGGCGAAGGAUAAUUUGUACUCGUACAGUCAUCGAAUUUCGCAUUAUAUGGACUAAUACAUGAGGAAAAGCGAGGUCCAAAUUAACUUUGAAAAUGGUAAAACUGUAUAUACUUUUCUUUAAAAAAAAUGGCUCUAACAUGGCGUUCUAGAAAUUGCUCUGCAUUCUCUGCUGGGUAGCAUAUAAAUUACUUUAAAUUAAUAACGGUGUGUACCACUACAGUAAUUUUCUCCUAGGUGGUAAAAUGAAUUAUUAACGAAUGAGGUCUAUAUCAGCGGGAGAGAUGAGAAAUCCGAGCUCUCUAUAAGCUAUAAACAUAAAGGGAAUUCAGAGAAUGAUUAUGAGCUGGACAAAAACAAUUGCAAACAAAUAUGUAGUGCACCAAUGCAUUUGCUUGUUUUGUUAUAUUUGGCAAACAGGUGCAAUGAAUUUACUAUUACUCGAAUCAGAUUUAUCCACAUCAGAAUAGAUGAACGCAAAAAUUUAAAAUUAACUCCGCAAGAACAGUCUUUCGAAAGUUGUCAUCAGAAAAUAUAAUUGUGUUCUGUUCUCGGAUGUACAUGUAAAAUGGGAAACAAACAGGCGGCCUUUACAGAAGAUCAGCUUGAAGAUUAUCAGGUUUUCGUUUUAUAACCGAAAAAUAUGUGUUAUCCAUUAUAAAAUGUUCAAGCGUAAACAUCUAUCUAGAAGUGGCACAUAGUUUAGCUUUACUUCUGUAUUUUAUUUUUAUCGUUUCAGGACUGUACUUACUUUAACCGAGCUGAUAUAUUAAGGUAAGUUUGAAUAACUGCUGGGAUAAUUAAGAUCUCAUGCAUUUCUCUAAAACAAAUUAAACACAAGGUACAAGAGUACACAGAAUUAUAUGUAUUAAAGUGAUAAACAGUUAUAUUUCACGCGCGAUCGAUCUCAUUUUCAUGAUCAGACUAAGCUGUUCGAAAAUUAAUUGCUGCUUUUAACCUGCCAAAUUUAUAGAUCUCGAAAACGCACCAAAAACGCACCACCUUUUUUUGAGUUAAAGCAAACGAAAGACAGUCAUGAGUUUUAGGGGAAAAUUACACAACAAAUGUGGCCACGCAAUCAUUUUUGGCUAUUUUGAUAACCUGAUUUAAAUCCCUGUAAAGUGGUACUAUAAAUUUUCAUAUAACCCCAUCUAUCAAAUGCACCUUCAACUUCUCAGUCGAAACUUCCUCCCGAUGGAAAGCACCAUGUAGGAAAAACAUUGGACCACUUCAGUUAUUACACGCAUGUAGGCUUGACGAGACGGCUUGGGACCCAAGUUCUUUACUCAUUAUAUUUACUAACUGUUAUAUAUGUGAGAGUAUCUCUUGUAUACCACUCGACUAGAUCAACGCCUCAGUCUUUCACAUAUCUUUGCAAUCAUGUAAAGGGGGUGGCCCGUUUCCGUCGGCCUUUGACUAUUUGCUAUUCAAUCCAUGCCUUUAAUAAUUGUUAUUACGCUUAAGAAUCACUCCAAGAAGUUUAAAGCCAGGGCUUUUAUUCCCUCUUCUGUUUGCGGGAUAGACUUUCUCAUUUGUUAUUGUUUUCAGAAUUCACAAAAGAUACAGGGAAUUGAACGCAGACGUUAUUCCGAAGGACUUUACAGAACUUGACGUCCAACCAAAACUGAAAUAUAAAUUCCUUCAGCAGCUUCCAGAACUUAAAGUAAGAUAAGUUAAAUUAGCGAUUAAUGAUUUUAGUGUAUCAAAAAGUAAGGUGCGAGCUGAUUUCUGGAAAGGGAUGGGUUGACCCGCCGACUGUACACAGGCUAUCGCGGCUGAAUUGGUGAACGACUGAAGGUUAUGCCCGGAGUCCCACAGUCAUUAUCCCAAUGACGAUAUAUCCUACUGAAGUGAUUGUUCCUAUUAAAAGGCCUACUAUUUUGAGAAACCUGAUAGUUCAGUUACAUCUUACUUUAAGACGGCUUGGUAGAUCUGGCGUAUAAGGUCUUUACAGCCACUAAGGCGCGGAAACAUGAAAUAUAUAUAUGCGUUAUUAAUAUAUUGACCAAGGGUGAGGUCACAGAAAGCUGAACAUCGGCCAAGGUUUUUUUGUUGUUGUUUGUUUUUUUGUUUGUUUGUUUGUUUUGCCUUUUUUAUGGACCGAGACCGAGUCGAAGUCUAUCAAAACUUUUAAAAGAAAUUGAAGACGAGUCCAAUAUCCAGCCAUCUUUACCUCAGUUUGGCCACUAAAAGAUUUGUUAUGGGCCAAAAAGAGAACUUUUUCUUGCGUGACCAACAUGCACAACUGGAAAUCCAGAGAAAGCAGGCAAGAUGAGCAGCGACAGUAACGCUCCAUUUCUGUUUCCUCGCAGGAGAAUCCCUUUAGAAGGAGGAUCUGCGAGGUAUUUUCACUGAAAGGAGACGGUGCCUUAACAUUUGACGACUUUCUGAACAUGAUGUCAGUUCUUAGUGAAUCGGUGAGUUUGACAAUCGAUUGGAAAACUGUUUAGACUAUUUACUCUCUUGCUGAUUCGUGAUGGCGACUCAUGUAUCAUCUUAGUAAGUAAGGUUGAUGACAAUUCACCAAAAGCACAAAAGUCAUGAAUUUUUCGUUCUCAUUUUACAGGCACCAAGAGAACUGAAGGCAAAGUACGCAUUCAAGAUAUUUGGUAAGACUAGAAGUCAAAAGUCGUAAUAGCGCAAAUUUCCCCAACCCGGCCCCAAAUCAUGGAUACGCGUUUGAGGCUUUUUGAGGCGCACUUAACUUCUUGUUGCGGUUGAGGCAUCAUUCUCGAAAAAAAAAAUCGAAGACGAUGUGGACGAAAAUGUUUUGCUCGGUUUCAGGUGAUAUGUGCAUCUUCUGGCCGGCAGUAAAGUGUUGACUACUUUCUAGGCCGAAAAUACUUGUUAACUUGGGAAGAAACUUGGGAAGUCCAGAAGGCAAUCCAUACAAAUAUCUAAAAAGAUGCAGAAAAGCCAAUACUUAGCACAUACGUUGUCCUUCGUUUAAGGCCGGGCAAUGACUUAAACAACAACAACAACAAAAAACUUUAUUUCAAGAAUUUAACUUAAGUAUUUGCAUUGACCCGCAGGUAGCAACUGCUAAUAAUCUAGGCGGGACGGACGAAAAACUGAGGGUUAAUUAACUGUUACAGCUGUAAAGUAUUAUUACAUAAACACAGAGUUAAGGCAACGAUAAGGUUAGACGUUUAAGAGGAAAUCAGUUGAAACUUUAUAAACACUUAAUUAUUUAUAUAUUUAGCAAGCCCAACUUUUUGUAUAAUGAUAGGUGUUUCUAUUAUAAGUCAUUUUCUUUUACUAAAAUAUCUAUAUUUUAAGUCGGCAAAUUUCUCUUUUAAAUUCUUUCUUGGGUGAUUUCCCUGGCACCGUACUCCUCACUUCACUUUGAUCUGCUCACUUUUUGAGAUAAGGCACUAACUGGGUAGCUCUACUUUUAAAAUCUAUUUCUGCUUUAUCAAGAUUUUGAUGGCGACAAUUAUCUUGGUAAGGAAGACUUAAAACUGACCCUGCGAGCCAUCACAGCAAAUGAACUUUCCGACGAAGAGAUGGAGUUUGUCACUGAUAAGGUAAACGAUGUCGUGCAUUUUCUGGUAAAAAUCUAGUCACGUGUGCUAAUUACUUGACCGUGCUUACUCUUCGGGUAGAGAAUUCAAUUGAUGCUUUUCAAAUUGAAAUUGUGUAGCGUUUUUCGCAUUUUUUUUCUGAACGACUUUUCACCACUAUUUCGGAGCCUGUAACAGGCUAUCUACUACAUGCACGGACCCUCCUCCGGUGGUUGGCGUUCGUUUGAUUUUACAAAUUAAAAUAGGGUCGAAACUUUCGUCCUCUAGAUCUAUAUCUUUUUGCUGUCGUUUCGUUCUGAUUCUGUCCAUGAUUGCAGUCUUGGACAAAAUGCAUGUAGAAAGACCUGCCCUGCUAAAUUCAUCAAGGAUAGGAAAAAGGUCCGCUUUGACCAUCGCGCGGCUUCAUCCUUGAUCUGUUUAGGGAAUGGCGUUGUGGUCUGCUGUUCCAUUUUGUUCUGUCCAAAGUUGUAGUUUGAGAGCCGGUAUUUCGCACUCGGGCCUGUGAUCGAAACCGGAAAUGAGAAGCGAAGGACUAUUGAGAAAGUAUAAUACCCUCAGGAGCCACUCCUGUACCCUGCAUCAGUCUCUCACUAGUCCCUUCUCGCCAGUUGCCUUGAUGACGAUUGGCAGAACGUUUGAAAACAUUUAAAACUUAGCUUGUCCUUUUUGUCUCAACAGUUGUUAGAGGAAGCAGACCUGGACGAAGACGGCCUGUUAUCUUUUGCGGAAUUUGAAAACGUUAUAGCGAGAUCACCAGAAUUCAUGAAGUGAGUUCUAUUCUCCGUUGCUGAUUGAUGCCGGACUUAGUUUCCUGUGAGGAGCCCAUCAAUUGAUGGGGUCCUGUUUCCUGUCGAUUAAACCAUCCUAUGCUGACUUGUCCCCAGUCGUCUCUCGGUUUCCUAUUUAAUUAGGUUGAUUUAGCAACAGAACGGGAACGUCAAUUGACGAUGGGAAAGCGCGCCAAACGGACUGCAGGUGACUUCCUGAGCCCAAUUUGCCGCUCUGCCAUUGGUCAAGCCAGUUGUUUGAUUUGCGCGAGCCUUCGUCAACUGCGCGGUUAAAGGAAGCCCUGGGGAUGAAAAGGGAAAGAGUUUCUUCCUUUCCUAUGUUACCUUCCCAUCGUCUCCUUCGCACCAGAUACAAUGGGCUGAUUUAGCAAAAGAACGGGAACGUCAGUUGACGAAGAAAGCUGAUUCGUUCCCAGUCGUCUCUUAUGUUAAGCGGUCACAGAACGGUCGCGGGAGAGUCUUAGUAGGCUGAUUUAGCAACAGGACGGGAACGUCAGUUGACGACAGAAAAGCGCGCGGAAAGGACUAAACACGACUUCCGGUGCCCAAUUUGCCGCUCUGCCAUUGGUCAGCCCAGUUAUUUGAUUUGCGCGCGCCGUCAUGAAAUUCCGAUUUAUGUCAAUGUUUCUACUUAAAUACGUUGAAACUGAAUUGUCAUGGGGAUUCUUUUUAUUAUUCAUUCCAGCAAUUUUCACAUCCACAUUUAG